AUCAGCAAAACACCAUGGAACACAUUCUCGAAGAACCGAUCCAGUCUAGCCCCCGACUGAACUCGAAAUACUCGAAAAUACCCCUGGAUCAUCGUAGUAGAGGGGAGGACGGCAUGAGAGUCUAUCCUCGUCUUAAAGGGUAUGCACAUCAUCAAGACAUCGUUAGCCAAGACAGUAACUCUGAAGACGAAGACAAACAGGGAGAUGAAGCAGCCAAUAAUUACACGAGCAGUUCUAAUGACGAUGACGAUCGUGGUGGUGACGAUGAUAUUGAUGAUGAUUAUGAUGUCAUUAGAAAUAGCGAAGAAAGCAAUGAGAACAAAGAUGAUGACGGAGUUAAUGACGAUGACAAUGGUGAGAACUGUGAUGAAAACUGUGAAAUUGAAUAUCUUAAUGAUCAUGAAAGUAGCAAUAACUACGAUGAUGAAGAUAACUUUGCCAGCAACAAUGGCGUUUCUGCUAAAAGUUGCACAAUUCAAUCCACUCUAUAUCCAAAAGAAGACGAAACAUUUGUGGGGUCAGCCGAAACUAAUGAGUCUUUGACUGAAGAAUUAAACGCCAACAUGCGAUUUGACUCACAGUACAGCAUUGAUGAAGACACAGGCAACUCUAGUGCUGAAAACAAUGAUGGAAGCCUAGCCAGUAGCGAUGGUAUCAGCAGUAAUAAUGGACGUUCUUGUAAAAAUUUCAACACCAGAAGUGACAAGGAGAAAGAUAAAGACCUGAAAAAAACUAACAGCUCUGAAGUAGGAAACAAUGCAGAGCUUUCAGCGGAAAGAGAUGGUGAAGCUACAAGUCAAGGAGCAAGACCAAAGACUGUGCAACAGAAUCCAGAGCUGCUCAAUGCACUUGACACACAUUACCAGAAUGGGAAGAUACCAUCCUUAGAGACAACUGGUAUUAAUCGAAACUUUCUCGCCCGGCACUCAACAGAUCCGAAUCUUCCACAGAGUUCGUUUUCAGAAAGUUAUGACAAGCCAGUUAGCAACAAGAAUUCAAACGAUUGGACUCAACACUCUCUAACCAGAAAUAGCAGCUCCUCCCCAUUUUGGAGCCUUCCCCAUUCAUCGGCUCCGGAUAGAAGCGGGUUGAUGCUAAAGAAUGCAUAUUCCAAGGCGGUGAGUCCACGGUACCGAGAUCCGAUGCCAGUGAAUUACCAGCCUGUGACAUCAAUGACGGGGCAGUUCACCGGUGCCAGUGGCUUCAGCCGAGGCGUUGAUUCGUUUAACUGGAAUGAAAAUCUGCCAAGUAAAAAACAUCAGACGAGCUUUUCAAGUUUUGAAGACUUUUCUGGGGGAAAUGAGACUCAGACGGCAUCACCUUCACUAGGAGUUAGACCAUUGGCGCCCGCUGUGAGAUAUCCAGUCGUUACCACACCAGAUUUUCCUACCACCACUUGGCAAUUCUCUUCAAGCACGACUUCAGGAAAUGUAGCCCCAGUUACUUCCACUUAUGAUGUGUUAGGAAGUCAUGGACAAGAACGUGUAGGGGACUUCAACACUUACAGACCCUCCUAUGGAGAUAGCUUAGAAAAUGGUGGUUUGACUGCAUCAGAAAUGGUUCAUUCAGAGACACGAGAAGGAAGCUCGAGGAACCAUGGCCUAUUCAAUUAUCAACAGGAAGGUUCAUUUGCUUCAGUAUCGCUCAGGGACCCUUCACUGGUUUCUCUAGAACAACAAGUGGCUGAAAUCGAUAGAGUUCUUAAAGAGCGAGAAGAAAGAACCAAAAGGCAGAGAGAGGCGACACAAAGACAUAGGGAUACAAGAGAACGGAGGCAAAGAGAGGCGAGAGAAAGGAAAGAGAGAGAAGAAAGGGAAAGGAGAGAACAAGAGGAGAGAGAAAGGAGGGAGAGGGAACAGAGAGAAAUGAGAGAAAGAGAAGAGAGAGAAAUGAGAGAAAGGGAAGGAAGAGAAAAUAGAGAGGGAAUGGAAAGAGAAUUGAAAGAGCGAAGAGAAAGGGAAACAACAGUAAGAGAAAACAGAACCGCAGCGGAGAGCCUUCCACUUCAGGAGACUCCACAAUGGCAGUGUGAACAUUACCAGAGGAGAUGUAGUGUCAAGUUUCCAUGUUGCGGAGUGUUUUAUCCGUGCCACCGCUGUCACAACUUAUCGGGGACGUGCCCUGCUGAUGAUAGAAAGGCACAUCAUGCGACGCAUGUCAAGUGCGGAAAUUGUGGACGGGAAGAAGAGGUAAAUGAAGGAAGUCAAACCUGCAGACGCUGUGGCGUAAAAUUGUCAGAAUAUUUCUGCCCAAAGUGUAAGCAUUUUACAGGAGUUGACAAGAACCCUUUCCACUGUGACAAGUGUGAAAUCUGUCGUAUUUACAAGGACAGAUCAUUUCACUGCGACGUGUGCAAUGUUUGCUUGGACAAGCGACUGGAGGGAAAACAUAAAUGUCGGCCGAACUCAGGACAUGAUGAGUGUUGCAUCUGCUUGGAGGACGCUUUCAGCGGUUGUCAAAUCCUACCAUGCUCUCACAAGGUUCACAGGGAGUGUGCCAUUGCAAUGAUACAGAAUGGCGUACGUAAUUGCCCAAUAUGCCGGCACCCUUUGUAUGGUCAGCUCCAGCAGUAACUUCUCAGACUCAGGAAACAGAGGAUUCAAGCCAAGAAUUUGAAUACAGGCCAGAAUUCUUCGCUACCGAGUGCUUAAACUAUCAGAAUCAAGAAAUGUGCACUUUGCAUUGCUUGUCAACGUCUCAUCUGAUACUGGAGUUAAAGAUAACGAAUGAAACGCUUUUAAUCCUUCUGUAAUCAGUUUGGAAUCAGUGCUAGGUUGCAAAUGCAUGAGAAAGUUUAAGUACACUUUCAGCAUGAGAUAUAUAAAAUGAAAUAAAAUUGCUCGUAACUGUCGAAAGGAAGAGUAAGUAAGUAAGUGAACUCUAUUUAAAACAGGGUGGCCGAUUCAGCUACGAGGCUGUUGUCCUGAGGGGCUCAGUAUACGCCUAAAAUCAUUACAAUAUUAUAAUCAAUUACAAUUAGCACUUGUAGUCUAAAAACUUGUGGUCUAAGAAAAACUUUUAAAAAAACCUACAAUACUUAUAAUCGAAUUCUAAUAAACUCUUGUAGGCUAAGACCUUAUAAUAUUUAAAAAAAAACUCAUAAAUACAUAUAUAGAACUGGAUCUAAGUUACAAGAUAGUAAGUAUUUAAACAUCAGCACUUUGUAAAAAUCUAUGCAAAAUCGUGUUUCAUCACUAGUCACUUAAAAGCCUUCAAAGACGCUGCCCGAGGCUUAGUUUGGGUCUUGAAGGAUGAAUGUCUUCACGCCUGCGAGGAUUGUAACUAAUGAAGCUGUAGUUUCUUGUAAAAUAAUCAGAAAGAUAGUGGAGCACUAAUUAUUAAGAUAUUUGUAGACUAAAAUAGACUUGUUCCUUUUCCUGAUAGUUUCUGAGUUAGGCCAUUAGAGCUUAGAUUUCAAGUAGUCACUAAUCUAUAUUUUUAAUGUGCCAAAUUUGAAGUCGACAAACAUUGAUUUGUUUUCUAUGAAAACAAUCUUUAUCUUUUUUAACAAGACAGCCUUAAACAUGUUUCCGCAGCGUUUCAUUUGAUGCUAAUGAGUUAAAGAUAAUGAGAAAAUUCCCUUGAUUAUUUUGUAAUUAAUUUGGAAUUAGCGCCAACAAGAAAAUGAACGUAGAAUAUUUGUACCAGGUUGCAAAUGCGUCAGAAAGCUUUAACUACACUUGUAAGAUGAGAAAAAUAGCAAAAAAAUAAAA